AGGAAUCCUGGAGCGCAGCCCGGCCAUUCUCCCUACGCUCCCAAGUCGCUUUCCUUCCUAUCUUACCAACGCUGCGGUACACUACUACCUCCAACUCCGUCUCCUCCUCCUUCUCCUCCACCUCCUCCACACGUCCAUCUUCCAUCUUCGUCUACGCCACACUGGCCCUUUCUCCCUUUGUUCUUCUGUGCCUUUGCUGCGCUUCGACGCUUUUUCAGAACCCAAUCCGCUCCUCUACUUCGCGUCCACAGAUCCCCUCAGUCACUCGCACUUCAUCAGCCGUGCACAGUGCCUCUCGCCCCCACGACGUGCUUUUCAACCUGGCUUCGACCCGCCAGAAUUGUCUCGCCCGUGACGAAUUGAGCUCUUGAAAGCUCGCUCAGUCCCAACCCGAACCCCUCCGGAGACACACACCCUUACACAGCGACACCACAGCCUUGUCAGCGAUCACAACAACGUUUCCGACGCGUCAUUGCGCGUGCAGGACCUCCAUUCAUCGCCUCCAAGCUCUCUCGGCACCGCUGCGAUGACGGCGACGCGUCGAGCACCCCCCUUGCAGAUUUUUCAGGACCCCGUCGACGCCGUCGACGACUUCGGCUCCAUCCAGCAUCGCCAGGCCGCGUUUUUCGACUCCAACUCGCCCCAGAACAUGUCGUUCGAUCCAUCAUACACCGUGCCCAGCGGUCUGUCGCCCGUGAAGACGAGACACCACUCCAGCUCGCCGCCGGCCAAGGCCCUGGCCGACAAGACGAACCUCAACACCGUCGUCUUCCCACCUCCACCAGACUUUGGUCUUGCCACCGACUCGCCGAUAAAGCGUGGUGCCCCGGCGUACGAAUGCCCUCCCAUCACAGACGAGCGUGGAAUGCCGCUACAGCCCUAUCAGAUGCGCAACUACAAGUCCGUCAAUCCACGGACGGACGCCGCCGCGAUGGACAAGGAAAACGUGCAUGGCUCGGCCGCGCCGAAGAUCAGACAUCAGGGUUCGGCCAGCGUCUCACUGCCACCGAAGAAGUCGACGCUCAAGAGACGCAUGACCGACAGCGGGCCACUCUCUACCGUUAGCACCAACGGUGCCGGCAAGAAGCAGAAGACCGAGUCCGUCUCUCUCCCAGCCCCGGAGGACAUGCCCAUACUCGAGGACGACGGCACGAAGCCACCCUACAGCUACGCACAGCUCAUCGGCAUGGCCAUCUUGCGCUCCCCAAACCGCCGCCUGACUCUGGCCUCCAUAUACAACUGGAUAUCCUCAAGCUUUUCGUUCUACCAGGCCGGUGACGCAGGCUGGCAGAACAGCAUCCGCCACAACCUGAGCCUGAACAAAGCCUUCUACAAACAGGAACGUCCAAAGGAUGACCCGGGGAAGGGUAACUACUGGGCCAUCGUCGCAGGUAUGGAGGGACAGUUCAUGAAAGAGAAGCCGCGCCGAAACACGCUGCCGUCAGAAAGCAACUCGUUCACAUACCCAAAUCCAAACGAGCUCCCGCGUCCGAUGACGUCGUCGUCCAACGCAAACCUUGCGCUCGACUCGAGCUACGCAAAGAAGACGGACGCGACCAAGUUCGGCGACGAGACUGAGCUGUCGUCCGACGCGACGAUCCCUGCGUCGGAUCCUGCUAUUCAUGAAGGCAUCGACCCCCCAGCGGAGGCGCUGAUGCCACCACCGUCACGUACGUUUCGAUCGUCUUCACCGCCGGUGGAUAUACGCUCGUCGCCGCCGCCAGUGCCCGAACGCGAGGACACUCCUCCCCGGCCGGUCAGACAGGCGCCCUCCAGCCGGCCUUCGGGUGGCCGGAAGCGCAAGUUCGGCGGUCUUGGAGACAGCGGCUAUUACUCAUCGAUCGAGUCGUCCGCCACACGCAACGUGCGCUUUCUAACCUCGGAGGUGGAUCGCGAUCACCCUGCCAUGAAGCGUGGCCGCGCCGAGGAAGAGAUCAGGCGUAUGCGCAGCUCCUCCAUUGACGUGAGUCCGAGCAAAUUUGGCACGUCUAGGCUCGAUGCACCGCUCGCCUUCGUCUCCUCGUCGCCCUACAAGAAUGUCGACGCAGCUGGCAAUGCCCUUCAACACGGCCCACUCACCCCAGCAGUCAUCUUCAAGAAGCCGGCGCGACCUCCCAUGUCUGUCUCUCCCGGAACCAACCUCAGGAAUCAUCGCGAGCACGUACGUAAGCUCUUGGGCUCCCCAGACAAGAGUUCCAUGGGCAUAUUUGAGGACAAGAGCCCGUUCAAGAUUCCCGACGUUGAACUUCCAAACACGUCAGCGUUCGAAAUCUUCUCCAACGACAACGGCACCGACGCAUUCUCCGGCGUCUUCGAUGUCUUCGCCGACGAGGAAUUCCUAGGCAGUUCACCGCUCAAGUCGACGAAGCGCCCACGCCUUGACCGCAGCUUGACCGCAACGGACGCUCUUCACGACGUGUUCGGCGGCAAGCUAGCCAGCCCCUUUGACGAAAACGACAAGCCAAUGUCUGACUUUAAGACGAAGCUGCUCGGUUCUCCCGCGCGCAUCGCUUCGCCCGUUCGCUCGUCCAACGGCAGCACGUCGCCGAUCAAGCGUAACCAGCCCCGUUCGCAUCCGUCUCCCAUGUCCACGCAUCACGGUCUUCUUCAGACCAUGACGCUGCCAGAAAUCCAGGAGGAAGACGACUUCAUGUUCGCAACGGUCAAUUUGCCGUCGGACGACUCGGACGGGCUGGACAUUUCGAGGGGAUUCCAGAAGAUCGGAGCGAAGGCUCCUGCUGCGGCCUCUGGUUCCACGUCCGCGCCCCGUGCGAGCGGGCACACCGGUACCACCACGCAUCUUGCGCCUCCUCAGGGUGCCUGGAUGAAGAGCUAUGGCUCCCCGAGCAAACCGCAUCCAAAUGCGAGGGCGAGUGCACGUCCAGGACUAGGACGGAGUGCAACCAAUCUAUUCUGACGGCGCUCCGUCUCCCAUUCGUAUAAACGUCAAUUUCCUGUUCAAUGAUUUGGCUGGACACGCUCAUUGUUCUUACUCCUUCCUUUCUAAAACGGCCCCCUCCUUCUCAAUGUCUAUGGCGAUUUUGGAGAACCCCUCCGAGACCGCUAACGGCUGAUUAAUGAAUGUAAUGAACGGACACGAAUGUAUACGAGCACGAGAAAGAGAAUUAGCCCGGCUUCACAGCAAAGAGGCCCACGAUCUCUCGAUCGCGAUUUGGUUUGUCGAGGUCUUCAUGGAGUUCUUUUUCUUUUUUUUUUUUUUUUAAAUACAA